GCAUUAUGCUACGUACAUUCGUUGAGAAGCAAUCAUGGCGGCGAUGUUAGCUACCCGUAGCAGCACCGUGCAAGUCCAUCGCAGCUCGCAACUCGAAGAUGACGACUUGGCACUCAUCGACGAGGUCAUGGCGGAGAGAUGUAUCCUUCUGCGUCGCACGUCGCCGUCGGCGAUGUGGUCUCCGCGGUCGGGGAGCAUGAACAACGCAGACAACAACGUGCCCGCCACUGCCGCGGAAGGCACCGAGGCGUCGCGACCCAUGUCAUUUGCCGCCAACUCCAAACACUCGCAUGACGACACAGAGCAUUCCUCGAGUCUGGACUCGAUCGACGACGCGGACGAUGUUGCUAUCCAUCGCUCGCACUUGACGCACCCCACGUUAAGCAUGCUCCAAAGUUCCGACAGUUUGACCAGCUUUGACGACACCUCUGCAUCCUCAUGCGAUCUCACAGCGCAACCAAAACCUACCGACGUCUUGGGCGACCCGAGCGUCAUUGUGGAAGAGGAAGCGAGCGGACGUCGGUCGUCCGUGUCGACCAAGUUUGUGGUCCGGAAAGGGUGGAUUGAAAAGUGUGGCCAGCGUUUCAAGACGUGGAAGUGGCGGUACUUUGAGCUCACUCGCGACGGGUGUCUGCGGUACUACACGGCCGAAGACAAGGCCGUGUGCAAAGGCUCGAUCCAGGUCGAAAAGACGACCAAGAACGACAUUGUCAUACAAACUCACGUCAGCUCGCGCGACUUUUUCUUCGUUCUAUCCACACCCCUCCGCAACUACCUCCUCUCCACGGCCAGCGAGCGCGCCAUGACCCGCUGGAUUCGCGCCCUCGAGAGCAUUGGUGCCCAAGCCGGCCCUGGACGAUGGGACCCCCUUCGAAACACAGUGCACUUAACAGUGGACGAAAACCACCAAGCACACAAGUGGCGCGGGUACGACGACCCCCACGACGGGAAAACUCCCAUGGCUGGCUUCCUGCUCAAGCGAGGCCACGUGCGGACCAACUGGGUCCAGCGGUAUUUCAAGCUCGAAAAGCUCGACCACCACCCCGUGCUUCGGUACUUUUUACACGACGACAGCAGCCGCCACCAGACAGCCAAAGGCGCCAUCUCCCUCGUCAACGCGUACCUCAGCCCUGGCAUUCCCUGUUGCAGCGACGGCCGGCGUAACUACUUUAUGCUGCACAGCGGCUCCCAGGAACUGCAUUUGAACGCGCUCACGGAAGGUGACAUGCGGCGAUGGAUCCACGCCCUGGCCAAUGCGAUUCAAGUUCGCCCGACGAGUCCGCCGAGGCCCAUGCACGUGGUCAGCGCGCAAGCUGUCCACGUGACCAAGCAGCUGCCGCGUGUGCAUGUGACGUUUGAGUCGAAGCCCGCGUUUGAAUCACUGCUGCUCGAGAGUCGGGGGGACGCGCUCGUGGUGUCCCGGACGUCGGGGUUGUGCCCGACGGUGCCGCUGGGGGCGCAGCUCCUCCGUGUGGAUGGGGUGUCGGUGGGCCUGACAGUCGACGCCGCGCUGCUGCGCCUAGCGCGCGCCACGUACCCCCUUCCCUGCGAGUUUAUCGGUGCCCCCGUCAAGCGUGGGGACAUGGUCAAGCGAUCGAGGUCAUCGAGGACGCUCACGUCGUGGAAGACCCGAGAGGUUGUCGUGGAGCAUGGGUUCCUCACCUAUCUGGCGUGGCAUGAAGUCCGCGACUCGUUCUCGCUUGAGGGGUGCUACCUCCAGCUACCCGACGUGCCCGGCCGGCCGCACUGCGUCGCCGUGGGCCGAUCCCCCGCCGACAAAUUGGUGCUCCAGGCCGCGUCGGAAGACGAACAGAUCUCGUGGGCCGCCACGUUGCACUGCAGCAUCGUCAUGGCGAGCCAGGGGCUGAGUGUUGCAGGGCUCGACACCAACGAACCGUUUUCCCAUUAACUUAUAAACCACCCCGUGCAAUAUCCA